AUGGAGGGAACUGUGCAGUGGCUAGCUAAACAGCAAGAGGAGCUGCAGAAAACCCUGCAGGCCUUCCAGCAGUCCCACCAGGCAGAGCUGGCUGGUGGUGCUACAGCUCUGGUGUACAGUGAGGUCUGGUUCCUGGACACAUGGCAUGAGUUGAGCCAGCAUGUUUCUGCACUGACCAAGGCAACAGCAAACUGCCCAUACAAGAAACAGCUGGAGACCCAACUAUUCUCCUUCUGCGCUGAUGGGGGCUGGUCCAGUGGCAUAUGUGUGGAGAAGGAUGGGAUGGGACUGCAACAGGUGUGGAAGAGACAAAUCCAGCAGUUUAACAGAGUCAGCCCUGUUGCGGCGGCAGCAGCCAUAGCAGCAGCAUACCCUUCCCCAAGCCUACUGCUUCAGGCCUAUCAAUAGUGCAGCAGAGAGAAGGACAGACUCCUUCUGCUGAGUGACAUUUGGGUAAAAGCAGAGGAUAGCAGGAGAGAAAGAUGGCUUGGACCAGACUUAUCCUGCCGACUCUCUCUCUUCUUGACAUCCACUAAUCAAGACCUUGUUUUGGACUUAAGUGUGUAG